AACUGCCUUUCAGCAGCAAUUCACUAUGGAACAGAUCCUAGCAGUACUGCUCUGUUUACAGAGUAGCCUGCUUGUUAUUGCCUUUCAGUGUUCAGACAAAGUGAUCAUCUCAGCAGUGAAAGAAUACAAUGUGGAAAAUACACACAAACAUUGGUUUGACUGUAUAAAAGUGAACACCGUAGAUUCAGAGUUUCUCUCAGAGCCAGAUUCUUUCUUAGUAAAGUUUCAAAUUGGAGAGACAAAAUGCAGGAAGGCACAUUCAAACACAAGGAUGUGCCCAGUCAAGUAUGGCUUGAACGCGGUAAUGGGGGACUGCAGUGCAUUUGUUUCAGCAGUUAAUAAUGAAGAACUUCUCUAUGUGUCUUGCAAUCUUAAUCAUGGGAGAACCGGAGGAGCCAUGCAGAGUGGAAAAACAAAGCGAGGCAUGCAGAUGCAUAGAAAGAAUAAAAGGAAAUAUCGACCUGGAAUGUUUUCUCCUGCAUCCAUAGUUCCCAGUGAAUAUGUGACUGCAUCACUGCCAGUCCUUCCAGGAUUGCAUUCAGCUGCUGAGCUACCCAUAUUUCCCAUUGACCCUACAGAUCCUGUAACACCACCAGUGAUUGAUCCAGCUGGUAAAAAGAAGCUACAUGGUCACAAAAAAAACAAGAGAAGAGGACAUACAUCAAUUAGUGAAAAAGUCAAGCGAGGCACAGAGUCAACGAAGAAUAAAUCCAAGAAACCACCUCGUCCAGGAUCAUUUAGCGCAAUGGCAGGGGUGGCAUUUUAUGGUAGAGCAGCCUAACAAGAUGUCCCGACAAGGAAGUGAAGUGAAGGCUUCAAAUAUAACCACUGAACAGCAAUGGUAGCUAAUGUGUUUACAGUAAAUAAGAAAGCGAAGGCAACAAACCAUUGAGUCCUUUUUAGCAAUAAUGUACAUAUUUUUUUAAGUGAUAGUAAGUAACAAAAUAAUUUUUUGUGCAGUUCCAUUUGAUGUGUAUGUCUCAAAUGUCCAGUUUUGAAGCCCAUGUUUUUUUAAACAGGUAUUUUCACUUUAAAACAUGACAACUGGUACUUCCCUUGGUAAUUAAAACCUUUAUUUGAUAUUAAUGAUUUCA